AUGCAUUAUGUUUACUCUGACUAUCCAGAUGAAUCAGAACGUUGUAACAUAUCAGGCAUGUGGUGUCUCCAUACGCAUUCAAGUCACCUAACUACAUUGAAACCAAGUUGGGCGCAACGUCCAGGGCUCACGUGUGAGUGUUUGCCAUCAUGUGAUGAGACUGAAAUAACUGUCAUUAAAGAUGUCAUCAGAUCAGUAAAAUCAAAGAAAAAGAAGAAUUCUGACAUUGAAAUGGUGCUCACGUAUCUACCGACAGAAAGAUUUAAAAGGAACGUGGUCAGGAGUCGUUUAGAUUUAGUAGUAUCUGUGGGCGGCACGGCGGGCUUGUUUGUCGGCGCCAGUUUGCUCAGCUUUGUCGAAUUAAUAUUCUUUUUCACCGUCCGUUUUAUCAGCAAUGCUUGUAUAGAAAAACGUCGCCAACAUAACAGCAAAAUGAACUUU